ACGGACCAUUCUGAUACUCCCACGAGCGGAUUCUCGACCAGGCUAGCAGGGAUGUUCGCCUCUGUAGCCGGGAAUGGCGGCAAAAGGCGUGCGUCCAACAUUACAAUCGGAGAGGAACCACCCCCACAGGAGAUGGGGUUUGAUCGUAUUAACCGUGGGAAGAAAGCAGCAGUGUCCGGGCCCGGUAAGGAAGGAAGGAAAAAGUAUGUGAAAGAGCUGACCGAAGUGUUGUUUGGGAAAACCAAGCAUGAGCUAGAGGAGCUUUGCAAGAAGGACAAGAUCAAGUAUGUUAACAAGAAGAUUACUAGCGCCACGCUGGCACGACUGCGUGCUAUAGAAGCUUACGGUAGUGACGCAGUGCCGAGCGGCAUAAACUACUGCGAGAACCUCGCGUUCAUCAGCAGUGUAGUUUAUCUCGGCGAGCAGGAGCUGACGACUAUGAAACACCAGCGGCCGCGGUCACCGCGGGCACGACCGCGGUCUGUGGCCGCGGUUAAGACCACGGCGACCGUGGUCUGCUGCGACCUGCAGCGACCGAGGGAAGAGGGGGUUGGGGGUGGGGGUUUCGGAUUGGGGUCCUGCGAUACCUCAACUCCAAUAGCAAGAGGGGCAAACCGCGAUGGGGAUGUCGAAAAACCGACUAAUGAGGAGGGUGCAGAUGUACACUGCACUGUGGCUAGGAGGCGCUGGAGGGGACCGAGCACGAUGCUGGCGAGAGAGCUUAGCGUAGUGGGGGUCGAGGGCGGUGGUGUAAGGGCACCUCAAGGAGGUAUGACCGUCCUGGCGGCAGCACAAACACGCACGCCAGCCCAAAAUGUCCUCGCGCUGCUCAGCAGAAAGGACACCGUGAGGAGGGACAAAGCCCUGAGGGAGAACCUGUUGAGGGACCUCGGGGGGCGACACGUCAGCAUGACCAAAGCGGAUGGGUGCCCGGGAGAGGGUGGAGAGAGCGAGCUAGAGGCGCUCGACUGUCGGGAGGGUAGAGUCCUCCAGGUGGUAGUAAACGGCCUCGCAGAGGUCAAGGUCGUCGCUAUGGUCACCCUCAGGCGACAACGGGGCAACAACGUCCUGCUCACCAUACUCAAGAGCGCUGAAGCGGCGCGAGAAGUGAUGGCCCUUCUGGGCGGAACGGCGGGGACGGCUGUGGAAAGGGGAACGAUGUUGGGAAGUGUCGUGAGAGGAGGAAGGAGCAUAACCAGUACGUUGAGGCAGGGAGGAGGAAGUGAGGCCAGCAGCCCCGAGGGCGGCCUUAAGAAGAUAGUGUCGUCCCUUGCGCGAGCACUAAACAAAAAUCAAGGCUACCUAGCGGAAGCUAAGAAGAAGUUGACAUUUGAUGGGGCGAACAUUACGGAAUUCCUGAUAGAUUACGAGAACCUGGUUGCGCUGUUGAAAUGGACCGAAGAGGAGAAGAUGGACCACCUGGGACCGCAUAUGUCUUUGAGCCUAGGACGGGACAUAAUGGCCAUCGUAGCCGCAAGCCGAUCUUGGAAAGAAACCCGGUAUGUGAUGAUGAGAAAGUCUCUGGCAGCAGAAAAGAUGGCAACGGAGGUCGAUUUAGCGGCAGUCCAGAGAAAGAACUUCGCAACGUACAAUGACUUCCUACGGGAGUUUACUUUGGUAGCACUAAGAAUCCCCGGGGUUACGGAUCGAAUAAUGAAGCCUGAGGCCGAGGAACCGGAAAAGGUCCAUGAGAAACCUAGGGAAGAGGAGUCUGCAUACAAAGUUUCCGCUGCCAAGAAGAAGUUUAGGUACCAAAUCCCGAUCUUAUCCUUACCUGAGAUCGACGACACCAUUAGCAAGUUACUAGGGACCAUGGUGUCAGUGUCUUUUCAGACUAUGCUGCUGGCUAGCCCUAGGUUGCUCAAAGGGCUUAGACAACUGUUGACCCGGCGGCGAGUAGAAAUAGGCGACAACCCCGAACUACCUGAAGGGGAGAGGGAGGAGGAAGUUCCGCAAGAAGUGGCUAACCUGCAGAGGAGUCGCGGGGACUUGGAGGAUCUCGAGAAGGCCUUUGCAGACAUUCGUUUGAGCUUGCCCGACCGAGAGGGCGGCGAAGUCAUGAGAUCGCCACCGGGGAUGAAGCUUAACUUUCAUGUGCUACCCGUAGGGAAAUUGAAGAUCCAGAUCGGGAGUCAUCACACCGACACAUUAGUAGAUGGGGGGGCAGAAAUCACCCUUAUAAGAAGAGAUUUCGCAACGAUCACGGGAUGUACGGUAAACAAGGAAGUAACAGGGAGCAUCCGGGCAACUGGCGGGGAAAUCCCGUUCGCUGGGUACGUCACGAAGUGUGCUGUAAAGGCAGGGGUCAGGGAAUCAAUCUGGUCAUUUCAGCGGAUGACCGUAAUGGAGGAAGUGGAUCACGACAUAAUCCUCAGGAGACCGUGGUGCGCGAACGUAGAGAUAAUAGGCAUGCACUUGCACGAUGGCUCAUACAUGGUAGACAUAGAGGACCCGGUGACCGGCUGGGGAGAGAUCCUCCGACUCCUUGGAACGGGAGGAGAUCCCCCAAGGGAGAAAUUGGCAACAUGGUCGCCGUCAUUCGAGGAUAGCACGCGAAAAGGGGCUUUCGCACGGAUGGAGGGUAUGAGAGAAAGAGUAGAAAUCAUAAUUGAGGAAGCGUUCAAUAAGGAGUGGAUCAAGAUGGGCCUGCCCCAGAAGAAGAGGAGGCAGGAGGACAAAGUCCUAGGUGUUAUGGUAGCAGAAAAGGAGUCAGAGGUCGAACUUGGUGCUAGCCCGCCCAAACGGAAAGAAAUGCGCGUAGACAUACCGGAAAUCGCACUCGAGAUCCCCAAUCUAUUGCAACUCAUCAAGGCCCUCACAUACCACAAGGUGGGAGUGGAUUCGGCAGCCUUGGCCAAGUUCGAAAGAGAGGUGGAAAAGGGAUAUUGCCUGAAUGGGAAAUUAGUUAGCAUUCAACCACGAGUCAUAGAGGCGACGGGGGCAAUUCCGACUGUUCAUUUUUUAGGAGAAAGAUCCCGGAAGGAAGUGUUCGAAAGUACAAGCCGUGAUCACCAGAAGGGACGACUGGAUGCGAAGUUGAUCCCUCCGGUCAGAAUCCACACGGUAGAACAUGAGUGCUGGAAUGACAAGGGACCAUCCUAUGAAUUUGGGAUAGCGAGAGAGGUAACAGACCUCCUCCGACCAAAGAUGGACUCCUUCGUUGCGGAGCCUACGGCAUCGCCAUACGCAAAUCGGUGGUUCGUCUUUCGGAAGCCUAAUAAGACACUAAGGUGGAUUCAGGACCUGCAGAAGUUGAAUGCGGUAACCAUCCGGGAUGCUGGCUCGCUACCUCAGACUGACUUAUUAGCAGAAUCGCACGCCGGUCGGAGCAUUUACUCCCUGAUAGAUCUGUACUCAGGGUACGACCAACUUCUAUUGGAUGUUCGGGACAUGCCAUACACCGCUAUGCACACCCCGGUAAGCCAACUACAGAUGCAAGUGACACCUAUGGGAUUCACAAACGCGGUGGCCGAAGCGCAACGCAAGAUACUCGCCGUGGCCGGGGACAUGUUCCCAGAGAAAUGUGAACCUUACAUCGAUGACAAUCCGAUCAAAGACGCGCAAGAGAAGGACGAGACGGAAGUCCAGCCAGGGGUCCGACGUUUUGUGUGGGACCACCUACAGGACAUCAAGGAUCUACUCCGACGGUUCCUAGUAUACAACAUUACGGCUAGUGGACCGAAGAGUAUCCUAGCAAUACCGGAGAUAAAUAUACUAGGAUUUCGUUGCGGUGCUUACGGCAGGAAGCCAGAUCCGGCAAAAACCGACAAGAUAUCACAGUGGUUGACGCCACUGCGCACGACGACGGAGAAGGGGGCACCUGCCGUAGUAGCUGAACUUAGGGAAGGUCCAGUUACCACUCGAGGACGCAGAGAAGAAGAGGACUCAUGGGGAGCGAUAGUAGGACCGAAGGAGGAGCUGAUAGCAAUGGCGGUUGAAGGGGGCCUGGAAGCAGUGAUGAGCUUAGUGGAAUCUUGGGAAAGGAAAGAGUUGCAAUGGGUGGUAAAUCAGAUGCAGGAAGGAAAGGAUGGGGGCAAGGAAGGAGAGAAGUUUUUCUAUUUUCAAUCAUACGAAGGGCUCUUUCGAACGAUCGACUUGUUGUUGGUAGGAAACAAACAACCUACGGAAGUCAGUAUUAAGGCAAGAGAAGAAGUCGAAAGGGAAGGGCAAUCUGAUGACGGGCGGAGGAGGUGGUGGAUGGACUUGGGGGAGGGGAGGUAUGAAGCGGCGAAUUUCUCUAUCCCUGGUGGGGAUCCGGGUGUAGUGGAUGGUGCAGUGGAUACUAGGGAAUCUGGGGUGUUUCCGUUGAUGAGGGAGAGAGGCGAGAUAGUCGAGGUAGAGGAUGAAGAGGAUGCGAGGGAUGGCAGAGAGGAAACUCUCAUAAUUCUCGCAGACGGGGAUUGUGCCCUAAAUAAUGCAAUAGACUUCUAUAUUAUUAAAUUCCCGCCAGGUCACACUGAAAAGAAGGACAUGGAGAGGGAAGGAGGCGACGAAGGAGCGGGUGGUAGGAUGCGGGACGACGGUGACGAGAAGGCGGGUGUCGUAAAAUUGGUGGAAGAGAGAGGGCGGGAAAGGGCACCAGCCAUCAGGGAGAGGGGGUCGACCCAGGAGUUGGUGAGGAGUGAGGAAGUCACGGGGACGACGGGAUAACGACCGGGGACGAAGCCCGAUCGCCCGCAUUUCGACGAAGGCGAAGAGUGGCUCGGGAUGGCGGAGAAGACGGAGCCGA